UAGUAAUUUGUUUUAAUUUUACCCCACCAAUUAUACAUUUUAAUUUCAUGGUAGUAUAAGGGCCAUCAUGUAUGCUCUCUUACCUAUUGUCUCUAUAAACACAUAUAAUUAUAUACCAAUGUUUUUGGAUGUUAGGUGUAUAAAUAAUAUAAUAUAUAUAUGAACAAAUGAGAAAUGCCCCCAGAAGAAGUAGUAUGUUGUUGUUGUUGUUAUUACGCACUAGGAAGCUGCCUGGCGCUAGUAUGUGGGGAUAAGGGAUGCCUGUACUGACUAUGAGGAGUGAGUAGAUGGGUGAGUGGGGAGGCAAUGCCUGAGCGCAGUAUUGGAUUCCCGGGCGAGUCCAGUGCAGCGGGAGUAGCUCCCCAGUCCUGGCUUUGCAGACAGCCCAGUGUGUGAGUCUGUGCGUGUGUGAGAGAGAGAGAGAGAGAGUGUGCGGCUCAGGCUCUUGUUUACAGCAUUAGCGCCGCGCACACACACACACACUGAGAGGAGAUCCCAAUGAGAGAGGCUCGGUGGCGGCGGCGGCCCGGGGAUCCCUACACACGGACGGCAAGCAGCGGGAGAGCAGCCCGUACGCAGCUUUAAGCCUCUCGGGCUUUAUCCUAGGGCUGAAGAGAAUCGCUCGGACGGCGGCGAGUCGGGCGGGCCGAGAUACUCUCCUCCAUUCAUUGGUCCGGCGGGUGUGCAGCGGCCUCCUGCCGUGGGAUAGCGGAUUGUGCCCGGGGCUGACAUGGAGGGAGAGGAGGGCGAGGUGCGGGCUUCGGGUUUCUCCCAUCAGCUUCCUCCGUGCGGCCGGUUCCAGCGGCGGGACUGACACACUGUGCGCCGGGGAGAUACACGUUACCCUGCGGGACUGAGGAGCCGCACACUUACCCUUGGAUUUACCCAGCAUCAGGCGGAUUUCAUAGCGCCCCCUCAGGCCAGGGAUAUACUGCCACCGGGGAGUAGGGGAGAUACGCAGAGUAACAAGAGCGAAGAAACCCAUUGGAUAACGGGGCCCAAUUCCUCGUAGUGGGCGGCGCCUGUUUCGUAGCUGCCAGAGAACCCCAAGUAACCCCCUUGUCCCUCUGCCUAUCAGUCAGGGCAGUGGGGAGGGGGGGAACUGUGGAGCUCAGGGGCUCCCCCUGGAGUUGGUGCCGGCCGCUGCUCUGCCAGUACAACUUGGCCAGUCCGCUCAAUAAUCCACGUUUCACGAUCCAAGCAGGUUCCAGAGCAAGGUGACCCGGGAAUUCCAGGGCUUGUGGUCCAGGUAGAAAGGACCGGCGGCGCCAUUUUUGUUAUUCCGGGCCAGGGGGGAGUUCCUGGCAGAGUGCAUGAGCAUUUCCUCGGAUUCCCUGAGUGGGCUGUACGCGGGGACUUGUUUGUGGACAUGAAGGCCGGAUUGGUGCCUGCUUGUACGGCCUGGAUCCCGGGGGUCCUCGUCCUCCUCCUUCUGUGCCUGGGACCGUCGGCUGGGAGAGUGUGUGGUCCAAACAUGGAUAUCCGAAAUGACGUCCGCGAACUUAAACAGCUGGAAGAUUGUGUGGUGAUUGAAGGCUACCUGCAAAUUCUGCUCAUCUCAAAUGCCAAGGCAGAGGACUUCCGGAACCUUCGGUUCCCCAAACUGACCGUUAUUACUGACUAUUUAUUGCUUUUCCGGGUUUCUGGCUUGGUGAGUCUCAGCAAUCUCUUUCCCAACCUCACUGUGAUCCGUGGCCGAGUCCUCUUCUACAACUAUGCCCUUGUUAUUUUCGAGAUGACAGACCUGAAGGAGAUUGGAUUGUACAACUUGCGUAAUAUAACACGUGGUGCUGUCCGGAUUGAGAAGAACUCUGAACUGUGUUACGUCUCCACGGUGGACUGGUCACUCAUUCUGGAUGCCGUCUACAAUAAUUACAUUGUUGGGAAUAAGCCGCCAAAGGAAUGUGUGGAUUUGUGUCCUGGCGCUAGAGAGAAAAUGCAAAUUUGUGAAAAGUCAUCCAUAAAUAAUGAAUUUGCUGACCGAUGUUGGUCUGAUGAACACUGCCAAAAAGCGUGCCCCGGUGUUUGUGGGAAGCGAGCAUGUACUGAUAACAAAGAAUGCUGUCAUCCAGAAUGCUUGGGCAGCUGCAUGGCACCCGAUAACGACACGGCGUGUGUGGCCUGUCACCACUACUUCUACGAGGGCCGCUGUGUCCCCACCUGCCCGCCUAACACCUAUAAAUUUGAAGGGUGGCGCUGCAUCACUCGGGAGGAAUGUGCCAAGAUGCAUAUUGUGGUCAACAGUCUAACUCCAUUCAUCAUUCACAAAGGAGAAUGUGUUUACGAGUGCCCAUCAGGAUUCAUGCUAAAUGAAAGCCAGAGUAUGACCUGCAGCCCCUGUGAGGGUCCCUGCCCCAAAGUCUGUGAUGAAAAGAUGAAAACUAUUGAUUCUGUUACCUCAGCCCAAAUGCUCGAAGGAUGUACUGUGCUAAAGGGAAACCUGCAACUAAAUAUUCGCAAAGGCCAAAAUAUUGCUUCGGAGUUGGAGAAUUUCUUGGGUCUGAUAGAGACAGUCACCGGCUAUGUCAAGAUUCGGCACUCCCAUGCACUGGUGUCUCUCUCUUUCCUGAAAAGUCUGCGCUAUAUCCUAGGAGAGGAGCAAAUGCCUGGAAAUUAUUCCUUUUACGUCUUUGACAAUAACAACCUACAGCAGUUGUGGGACUGGUCGAAGCACAACCUCACUAUCAAAGAGGGCAAAAUACGUUUUGCAUUCAACUCCAAGCUUUGCGCUUCUGAGAUUUACCGCAUGGAGGAAGUAACUGGAACGAAAGGGAGGCAGACUGCAGAGGACAUCAGCCUUAGUACUAAUGGAAAUAUGGCUUCAUGCGAGAGUCACGUCUUAAAUUUCACCUCCAUAAUCACAAGUAAGAACCGGAUUAAGUUUACAUGGGAGCGCUACAGGCCACCGGAUUACAGAGACCUUAUCAGCUUCACUGUCUACUACAAAGAGGCACUCUUCCAUAAUGUAACAGAGUAUGAUGGUCAGGAUGCAUGUGGAUCCAACAGCUGGAAUAUGGUUGAUGUGGACCUCCCAGCCAGCAAGGAAAGUGACCCUGGAAUCCUCCUGCAGGGACUGAAGCCUUGGACACAAUAUGCAAUCUAUGUGAAGGCUAUUACCUUGACCAUGCUGGAGAGCCGUCAUAUUCAUGGUGCCAAAAGCAAGAUCAUAUAUAUACGAACAGAUGCAGCAGUUCCUUCCAUCCCCCAAGAUGUGAUCUCCGCAUCCAACUCGUCUUCUCAGCUGGUGGUGAAGUGGAACUCACCCAGUCAACCAAAUGGGAACCUCUCCUACUAUAUUGUGCGAUGGCAGCAGCAGCCUCAGGACAGACACUUGUAUCAGUACAACUAUUGCUUCAGAGAUAAAGUACCCAAUCGGAAAUACGCCAAUGGGACCAUUGAUACUGAAGGUGUGACAGAGCUGACAAAGCCAGAAGGCAACACAGGAGAAAAGGGCCAUUGCUGUGCCUGUCCUAAAACCGAGGCAGAGAAAAAAGCAGAAAAAGAUGAAGCUGAAUACAGAAAGGUUUUUGAAAAUUUCCUCCACAAUUCCAUUUUUGUGCCAAGGCCCAACCGUCGGCGUAGAGAUGUCUUUGCUGUUGGGAACUCCACACAGACCAGUCACGGAAAGAACACCACCGUAGAGGAUUUCUCCAAUUUCUCUGAUUUUGAAAAAGAGGAUGUAGAAUACCCAUUCUACGAGACAAAGAUUGACUACAAGCGGGAAAGGACAGUGAUCUCAAAUUUGCAACCAUUUACCCUCUACCGUAUAGAUAUUCAUAGCUGCAACCAUGAGGCUGAGAAGCUUGGCUGCAGUGCUUCCAAUUUUGUCUUUGCCCGAACCAUGCCGGCAGCUGGAGCUGAUGAUAUUCCAGGGCAUGUUAGCGCUAAAGAAGAAGAUGAUGGCGUGGUCUUUCUAAAGUGGUAUGAGCCCAAGAGACCAAAUGGGCUAAUCCUGAUGUAUGAGAUAGAGUACAAGCAGCAAGGAGAAGUUCACAGGGAGUGUGUGUCUAGGCAGGACUUCCGGAAGACUGGAGGCGCCAAACUCACACGGCUUUCUCCCGGGAAUUACUCAGCACAGGUUCAGGCUAUCUCUUUAUAUGGAAAUGGUUCAUGGACAGAACCUGUCUCCUUCUGUGUAAAGCCAAAACCGGAUGUGAGCAAUAAUAUCCUGCAAAUGGUUGUGGCUAUUCCCCUCGCCUUUAUUUUGCUGUUGGUGGGGAUCAUCAGUAUUGGCUGCUUUGUUUCCAAGAAAAGAAACAGCAACCGACUUGGAAAUGGUGUUCUCUAUGCCUCUGUGAACCCCGAGUAUUUCAGUGCAGCAGAAAUGUAUGUGCCUGAUGAAUGGGAGGUUCCUCGAGAGAAGAUAACAAUGAACAGAGAGCUCGGGCAAGGUUCGUUCGGAAUGGUAUAUGAGGGCAUUGCCAAAGGGGUGGUGAAGGAUGAAGCAGAGACAAGAGUUGCCAUAAAGACGGUCAAUGAGUCUGCCAGCAUGCGGGAGAGAAUUGAAUUUCUGAAUGAGGCUUCCGUCAUGAAGGAGUUCAACUGUCACCACGUGGUGCGCUUAUUAGGGGUCGUUUCUCAAGGUCAGCCGACGCUUGUCAUCAUGGAAUUAAUGACUCGGGGAGACCUCAAAAGCUACUUAAGAUCUUUGCGACCAGACACAGAGAGUAACUCCGGGCAGCCUCCUCCUUCCCUGAAGAAGAUGAUCCAGAUGGCUGGAGAAAUUGCAGAUGGAAUGGCGUACCUCAAUGCAAACAAGUUUGUUCACAGAGAUCUGGCUGCUAGAAACUGCAUGGUAGCUGAGGAUUUCACUGUUAAGAUUGGAGACUUUGGAAUGACGAGAGACAUCUAUGAGACAGACUAUUACAGAAAGGGGGGGAAAGGUCUUCUGCCUGUGCGUUGGAUGUCCCCAGAAUCCCUGAAGGAUGGUGUUUUCACAACUCACUCAGAUGUCUGGUCCUUUGGUGUUGUGUUAUGGGAGAUUGCCACUCUUGCAGAGCAGCCUUACCAAGGGAUGUCCAAUGAGCAGGUUCUUCGCUUCGUUAUGGAAGGAGGCCUUCUGGAGAAGCCCGAUAACUGCCCUGACAUGCUGUUUGAACUAAUGCGCAUGUGCUGGCAAUACAACCCCAAGAUGAGACCUUCGUUCCUGGAGAUCAUUAGCAGUAUCAAAGAUGAACUUGACCCAGGCUUCAAAGAGGUGUCCUUUUUCUACAGUGAAGAAAACAAACCCCCAGACACAGAGGAGCUAGAUCUGGAGGCAGAGAACAUGGAGAGCAUUCCGUUGGAUCCCUCAUGUGCCCUGCAGACAUCUGAGCACCAUGCGGGACAUAAAUCUGAAAACGGCCCAGGUGUAGUGGUACUUAGGGCAAGUUUUGACGAGAGGCAACCGUAUGCACACAUGAAUGGAGGGCGCAAAAACGAGAGGGCACUCCCUCUGCCCCAGUCCUCAGCCUGCUGAUCCUGGCUGGGGGUCUGACAGACACUCUUGGAAAUACACUGCCUUGUGUACCUCGUGGAUCUGGGGAAACCCUCCGUAUCAGUGCAAACACUAAUCCGUUCUUUCAGCGUGGCUUUGCCCUCUUUCUGACUUGGUACUGGUGUUGCUCCUCACAAAGGACCUUGUGCGUCAGACCAGUGUCACUUCAAGCGUGCACAUGUGUGAAAAUAUACCGAAGGUGCAUCCUUUGCAAUAUGAGUGGUCCAGACAGGCUCACCUGCUUACAAACACAUGAAUGAAAACAAACGACAUAUAUCGAUAAAUAUAUAUAUAUGUACCUUUUUUUUUUUUUUUUUUUUUUUUUACUUAGAUCUUUAUAAUAAGAAAUAUGUAGUAACAUUACUGCAAAAUACCUUUGCAUCCCAUAUAUGCUGUUAUUUAAUCUGACAUUCUUUGCCAAAUAGCUCUUUGACAGAAAGGAUAGUGCAGAUGGGGGGAUGUCCCUUCAUAUCACAGGACCAUGCACACUUUAUUUUUCUUUAAAUUACCGUAAUAUAAGUGCUGGGGACAUUUUCCUCUCCAGACCAAGAUAUAUUUUUUUUUCUUUUGUGUGUGUGUGUGAUGAGGUGGGAUAAACCAUAUAUGUGUAUAUACAAGACAAAACAUUCUGGAGAAAACUGGCAAAAAGAAAAAAAAAACAAAUUGCAGAACUUAAUGGGUUUACGGCAAAAUGUGCUGCUCUUUAUUCAGAUACCAGAAACUAAUUAACAUCCAUUUUCGGAAAGAUAAAGAAGACUUUGGCCACUUAGCUUUUUUUUUUUUUUUAAUCCAUGCUUGGAUUACGAGUCCCUGCCAUUGCUGGCAGGUAACAGAACAUCUGACCUUCCUGCAGAACCCAGUAGUCUUCAUAUCUCUCUGAAGUUACCCUUUGAGCCUCAUAUAUAUACAUAUAUAUAUAUUUUUGGACAUGUUCUCUCUUGCUAAGACUAUAUGGCAGGCACUUACAGUUCAAUGUGAGGCCCAAGCAUCAUUUACAUACAUUGUAUUUUGUGUCCCUUUUAUAACUUUUUUAUGGUUCAGAUAUUCAUCUAUAUCUAUGUCUGUACAGAAAAGGCUGCUAUUUUUUUUCUUUACCUUUUUGUGGAUUUAUUCUAUGAAAUGAAAAAAAAAAAAAAUGAAAAACAAAAAACAAAAACAAAAAAACCUUCAGGUCUACCUUUCCAUCUCUUUGUGUUCCUGUCUACUCCUCCACUCCGACAUAGGGCUGACAGAAAGGCAAUCAGUCGCAAGUAACAAGCUUUCCUUGGCUAAAGUGGGAGAUUCUGGACACUUACGUUGUGAUCGUUUGCUUCGAAAAUGUACUUAAAAAGUCUCUAAAUCUUCUGCCUGGCGUCAUAGUGUGGCUCCACACCUCGCGUACCUCCCGCAGAAGAACAUGUAGUGUAAUUAUCCACGGGUAUGUUCAAUGCCUUUUUAUAAACGCAGUUUUAUUUUUUGCUUUGUAUUUCAUAGGGUUCCUCAAAGUAGUAAACCCUGGUGGUGGGUGGAGUGUGUGUAUGCGCACUGGGCGCGGUUGGUAUCUUUGUAGGUCAUUGUACAAUUUUUGUUCCCUUCCCACACAACUAUUCGUUGUAUCGUAACGCAGAAAACGAAACUCAGGUUGCAAAAUAUCAUAUGGUUUCGUGCUCUUUAUGUUUGCUCAUGUAUCCUUCAUCCUAUUCAAUCUUUAGCCCUUCACUAGUCUGCGGCUGUAGGAUAUGGUCCAUUUAUUUCAAAAACAUGAGCUUUUCAUUUUUUGAUGCAGCACAAAUCACAAAAUCUCAUUCUGUUUCCUAAUCCUGGUACUAAACCUUCCAUCCCAAAGGGAAAGUCAAGCACCGAAAGCACUGUUACAUGUUUUAUACUCAUAUACUCAAGAGCCUGCUGAAAUUCCUGCUGGUGCCUUACAACAACUGCAUUUUGUAAAGAUUCUAGCUUACCCUUUAACAUCCCAUUCAAUGAAUCUAACUCUUAAGCACCCCAGUAUUGCCAUCUAUCAGAUGAAAUUACCCCAAGCACUCAACUAACAACCAAGCUAUGCUUUACCCUUAAAGGGGAUGUAAACCCUCUCAGAAGAUUAGAUAGGCAAAGUGCUCAUUUAAACAGUGUCCUAUCAAUGAUUCAACAUGAAUGCCAAACUCAAACUAGCAAACAGUGCUUUUUGCUCAGUUAUUGUGAGUAUUAUGUCAAUGCCAGAGCACUGACUGGGCACAAAAGCAGCAGGCAAUGGUCAUUUAGAGCAAUGGGCUGGGUUCAGGGAAACUGUUCUGUGCUUCCAGAGCCCAGCAAACAGAACAAUCUUCUAGAGGGAAGCUUUAGUCUGAAAGAAGCUCCUGCAUAGCUUAGGUCUUGGGCUGACCAGAAUGGUGCAGGAACUUGCAGAAGAAAAAAAAACAUAAUAGUCCUUUUUGUCUACAUAUAAAAAACAAUAUAGAGCACUUUAUUAAUGUUGAUUUAAACGCUUUACAUCUCCUUUAAUGCCAAACACUGACUUAUCACCUUCCCCAGCCACAAAGUUGUUUUCCAUUGAACACCAAAUUGUCCCACGUGACUUGGUCAAGGAGGCAUGGCCUUCAGCUCCUUUUUGCCAGCUCUUAGGACCUCCAACACAGACAUUAGCGCUACAGCAGCUAGGGAGCCAAAAGCUUCCUCAUGACUAACCCACACUAGAGACACCACAAUGAAACUUUGCCCCCACAUUAAAGCCAAUGGCCCCUUCCAGUACUGGAAAUGUAACCUGUGUUAGUCUGUCUCAUCAUUAUUUUCUAAUUUCAGAUGAAUGAACCAUGAGCACCGCAAGUCUUGUAUUGGCUAGGACUGCUGCCUUUGCCUCCCCAGUGCAUUUCUUAUCUUCCCUUCAUGAUACAGCCUCUUUCUAACUCUGCAUUAUAGACCAAAACCUCUUUCUUUCAGUAAACCUUUUGCUUCGGGAUGGAAGAGUUUUCUCCCUUUUGAAUGAAAGAAUCCUUAUUACGGAGUGGUAGAUUUGACUGAAGGUGAAAAAAAUGACAAAUAAGAGAGACAAAAAUAAAAAAGUCUGAAUGUUUGUAGUAAUGCAUUUUUGCUUCCCUAGGCCUCUUCACCUGCCCCCUCCCUGCUAUCCCUAAAAACCUGAGAAGGUAUUCUAUGUAGGAUUGUGUCUGUUUGUUUUCUUAUUUAUUGAUCAGAUAUUAGUUUCAGUCACUGUAAAAAUGCCCCAUCACAUUAUUACAUAUUAAGAUAAGGUUGUUUUUGUAAAUGACAGGGGACAGUUUUCAAUUAAGUUUUUUUUUCCAAACAUUUAUCUACCUCACUCUUUAUUUUUUAUAUGUGUAAAUAUAUAUAUAAAUAUAUAUAUAAAAAUGCAUCUCACAUUACUCAGCAGUUGACAAUAAACCAUAGAAACCGGUAACCUCAUACACUAUUCAGACCACAAAAUGCUGGUAUUAAGGAGAGGGCAUCAUUCAUCUCAAGGGGAAGAAGAGCAGGUAUAGUGAUCACAAGCUUAUUCACUGGUGAUUUUCCUAUCGCCCCAAGAUGUUUAUAUUCAAUGUGGAUAGGAAAUGUCUGCCAGUCUAGCAGCACCUCACGUGAGAGUGUUAGUAGGGUCUUGAGAAGGUUGCCCAUGCCAGGGCUGCAUCGUUGCAUAAUAAAGCUUAAGCAGAGCUCUCCUUCCUGAAGACAGAAUUGUUUAUGGAAGCAGCAUCCUUCUGAACGUUUAUUUCAGUUAGUGAGUGAUAGAAAGGAGCAGUGUCCAUGCUGCAUAAGAAGCAAGUCUCCCUGUAUAUGUCUUGCCUUAGCAGUACUAUUGUGACCAAAUUAUCUUGAUGCCAAGGCUUAAAGUGAAACAGGUCACCCACUUUUAAUAUCUACAUCGUGUUGCCAGGAUCACAUGCUCGGUUUGUUUCCAUGUGUGACUCUAAGCUACAGCUCGUCUAUGCAAGUUACUUAUCUGGUCAGCUGUUAAAGAUCCAAAUCUGGGAAAACUCCAAUCUGCACCUUAACCUCAGCAAUACAAAUUGACCGAUCCCAGUGCAGGUUCUGUUGUCACAUUUUCUCCUCAAUCUGAAAAAUGGAGCAUGAUCAUCCAGUUAAUCAUGAAAAUGAAAGCAGAGUUAACGAUUCUCUGGCAAUUGAAAUCUGUUUCCUUUGAGACUGUGCAACCUGGAAUGUUUCAGUUUGCGUUUGCAUGGGAAGGAUUGAUCUCCUUAAGUGUCAUGAGGUUUAGUAUUCGAGCUCUUGCCAUGGUGAUGCCCUCUCCCUUCUUUCGCACAUACUGCUAAACAGAUUCCUCAGAUCUCAAUCAACUACGAGGGUUUUGUUAAAACUGUCCACAUUUUGCUUGUUUUGUGAUUGUUGUACUCCGUUUCAGUAAUGUGAGGAACAACCUCAUGAACUACUUCCAUUUAAUCCCUUUCAUUGCUGGCUCUUUCUAGAUUGAUGACCUCCAUGAUAACAUUAAUGUCUGCUUUGUCCAUUCCUUACCAAACGUUGUUGCCUGGUCCCCUUUGCUGUGCAAGAUAUCAGAAUAUCUCACCAUCAGAGGCGGUUCAUUGAUUGGAUGAUGAAAAUUGGUAAAUGUAUCUGUUUAGCUGUCCCAGGCAAAACUACUGUGUUGUCUGCCUUGAACUCAUGCACUGACGUAGCAACCCAAGGACAGGUUUGGAUACCACUAACAUGAUUAGUUCUAAGAACUUCAGUUGCUCGCUUCUCCUGGCCGACAUCCAAUUCUAAAUUAUUAUUUAUCCUCCAGGCUACCUGGUUUAAUAGGGUGACUGCCAGCCAGGAGGGCAAAGUGUAGCACUUACUAGUAGAGUAGAGCCUUUGUUUUGAUCCGUUAAAAGAUUGAAACUGAACGGUUAAAGCUUUUCAUGCUUUGUUGAAUUACUACGAAUCAGAAGUCCUUUUAUACCCAAAGACCAUUUUGAAAGGUGCUUCCAGCUGCAAAAUGAAUGCACCUUGUACACCACUGUUUGUAAAGUAUUGCCCACAGAACAUGGGAAGUACUUUCGGCCAGUAGACGCAAGGCCAAUAUCUUAAUCUCUCCCGCCCCUUUUUUUUUUUUUUUUUUUUUAAACUAUGCAACAUUCUUUUAAAAUAUGUUAUGGGGAGGUCAGGUAUAAUCCAAGAGCUUGAAAGGUUCAACCCAGUAUUCAAUAUUGAGUUAUUUGAACAAAGAACUGAAUGGGAUUGUAGUUCAUGAGGUGCAAUGUUGGUGUACUCCGCAUUCUAUACCCCCUUUGUUAUGUGUUUCUGCCGUUGUCAGACAGCAGAGUAAGGCUAAAUCAUUAUUGCCUUUAGUGCCAAGCAGAAACUAGUUUGGCUACAUGGGAAGCUUGGUCAAUAGGUCACAAUAGAAGUGUUAAAUGCUUUCUGCUAAAAGUGUGCUCGUUUCCUCUUGAUUCAAUAUACACGGAGGUCAGAAGGUUGUCUUGUGUUUGAGACUCCAGUUCAUCAUCUUGCUAGAUUGGUUUUGAGUGAAAUUUUGUUUUUAUUCUUCGCUCACUCGAAACCCCAGUAUUGUUUUUCUCCUUAAGUGCUUGAUGGAUAUGCAAACCAUAGGCAUCUGGGUGCACAGCCCAAUUGGACCCCACAGUGUACAAACAAAAAAAGCCAUUUCAUAUCUAUCAUAUGGGUUUAGGUCAGGAUCAACACUUUUCCAGGCCCGCGUUGCUGUAAUAGCAUUGUCUGCUCCAAAAACUGAGCAAUACAGAUGUAAUAGGUCUGCUGUACUGUGCAGUCGUAACCAAGCAGCCUGCAUUGAGACACAUCCCUGCACCGUAUCAAUGGAAGUGUCCGAUCAUUGAAUGCAGCAUAAAUACACUGAAAUCCAGAUAUUGCAGAUUUCUGUGCACCCACCUAGCCUCCGCUAUCAUUGCUAUACAUCAAACAUAUUGAUACUCGCAGAGCAGCGGCCACUUAAUGGCACGUCUUAAUCACCGCUGAGACUGUUCAGAAGCUUUAGUUUCACUUCUGUUUCCCUCUCUAUCAAGCCCAGCAUUAUUAUUAUAAUUAUUAUAUUUUUUUUUCUAAAGUGUGUGCUUUGUGUGAUUUGUUUUGGGUUACGUGGUGAGGGUUGCAAUAUAAGAAAAGAAGAAAAUCCUGAAUGGCAUCCAAUUCCACAAAUACAGCUUCACUUUAGAUACCGUGGAAGCUCCAUGUUUCGCCAUUCUCGUCUGUCUGGGGCAGAUUUAUAUUGUGUUAUGUUUAGAGGUCCCAUGGAAUUCAUUGGCUGCAGAGGAGAUACAGAACUGUUGCACGUUUCACUAGUGAGCUGUUGCAUUUCUUUGUCCUGGUGAUGCACAAAAAGGCACUUAUAUUAUUACAAAGUGUCACUAGGCAAAGACAAGUGCAUCUACGCAGCACUGCUAGGAGUUCAGCCAUCGUCCAUGUUACAGCUGGGAGGGUUCCAAGCAAUGUCCAGAGCAAUGAAUAUAGGCAAGCUUUGGUUAUGAGGGAGGGCUAAAGGGUGCGGAUAGCUGGCUCCACUCUUUGGCUACUGUUCUCAGAAUGAAAGUAAGUAAAUGUACAGUAUUUGGAUAGGUUGGGUUUCAUUGCCCAGGUAUGAUUGUGUAUAACACUAACCUAAAGAUUGUAUUAAGAAUGUAUAUGACUAUGGGUUAAUACCUGUUCCAGGAGCUGCCCAAAGUCUCUGCUUUCCGAAUACCAACAAACUUGAUUGGAUGACGAGUAUGUUGCGUAUUCUGAAACACACGUUGUUGGUAUUUCCGAAAGAACGGGCAGGGGCUGACAAGCUUGUGGGAAUAACAGCUUCCAAAAUUUCCCAACAUUUCGGUUGCUAGGGAAAGCAGUGAGUAAUAAGUAAAGCCUUUAGCUUGGCUCCUUUGGUGAAGAUGGCAACUAAGGAACAUGUGUUUUGAUCUGCCCCAUACAGUUCUGCCUUUAUGAGCUGUAAUUCUAGACACCGUGAUCACAAGCAGAAAAAUGUUUGGAGUACAAUGGCAGACCUCAGCAAACUCCUGCCACUGAUACAGUCCUGGAGUUCAGGUUAGAAUCACUGAAGUAUGUGGUCCUGUUGGCACAGUCGGCUCAGCACAUCCCGUGCAACACACUCGCAGAUCCUUUCUCCAUGGGUUUCACUAGUAUUUCCAGCCUGCAAGAGCUUGCCUAUUUGCCUUUGCUACCAGCUUGGCAAGAAAUCCCAUUGAACGGCUUCUCCAUUAGCAUCUUUCACAGGACUGCUUAGUCCAGUAGAUUACGGGUAGUCUUUUGACAAAACAAAGGAAAAACAAAUCCAGUUUACAACAGCCGAAUUAAUGUCUCUGCGUUUUGUAAGUACAUGGAAGAAUUUUUGUAUGUGUAUUUAAUAAACCUCCUGAAAAACAGUGUGUGGCACUCUCUUCCUGAUAGAAACCUGUCUUUUUAAAUGUGCAUAGCUGAGUGUGUAAUAUAUAGUUAUUACACGGGAACUCUGAUGUAUAUGUAGAUAAAUAGGGAUGUAGUAAAUAUAUUUACUGAGCUUUCUACAAUGCCAAAAAAAAAAAAGAAUAACUUUAGCCUUGUCACACAUCUGAAAGGUCAACAGUUCUGUAUCUUCGGCAUUUCCAUAACCCUCUGGUUAGAUUGGCCUGAACUUUACUGGUCAUUUCACUUUUUUUUUUUUUUUUUUUUUACUGUAUACUGGUGUUAAGGUUAGAGAUAGAACUGCCUCGACUGGUCGGCAACAUACUGACGGAUUAUCUGAGGCGUAGGUUCGGUCAUAUAAAAUUGUGAGUAUUGUUCUCAAACUUGGAUUGCAUUCUAGCGCUGGAACUGGUGUGCAUAUAAUGUAAUACACUACUGGUGGAGACAGGUCAACCACAAAUCAGAAUGUUACCUAUAAAUGGAUAUGGUGGCGAGUCGGACAUUUGGGAUUGUGAAUUAACCUUUUUUUCUGCCAAACACGGGUAUAUACAGGCUAGUUUGGUGCAAUGCAUUGCAAGUUGGUUUUCUCUCUCUUUUUUUGGGGGGGGCAAGCAUGGUUGGAAGAUUAGCCAUGUGCUUCACUUCACCUGUGCAAACCAAGGUAUCUUCUUUCUUUGACUCUCAACCUUCUGUUUCCCAAUUCAGUACGGCCUCAAAUAACACAAGAGCUGGCCAGAGUUUCUCACUACCUCUGGGAAAAAAAUAUGAAACAUUAAAAAAAAAAUAAUAAAAAAAAAAAGACUAUGGAAUUUGAUGCGUUGCUAAUAAAAUAAUAUAAAUUACUUAAAAAAAAAAAUCUUUUUCCAAGUUUUCUUAUUUAAGAAAAAAAAAAACAAAAUAAAAAUAACAUGGCCAAUUUGUUACAUUUAGAUGAUAUGCUGUGUGUAAAUUAUUCAUAAGAAAUUCCUGUGUUUAUAUAAAAAUGAAUCCGUAGAUAUGAAAAAAAAUCAAACUUUUUUGUAUAUUCUGUUGUAAGAAUUGUAUUCCUGUUCUUGCUAUAUACUCUGAAUUCUUUACAUUAUUGGAAAAAAAGAAACUUUGUCUAUUUUAAAUGGCUGAACCUAAGGCAGUUUUAGUUUCUCUUACUCUGCUUUUUUUCUAGUAGUUUCAGUACUACAAGAUUUAAGUUAAAUAAAAGAAUUCUGUAUGCA